UUCAGGCCAGUUCACCGCUGCCGUAGUACUCAGUCUGUCUCAGUGAGCUGUCAACACACCGUUACCUUCCACUCCGGGUGUCUGCUCUGACAACAUUUUUCUGUUUAACUCUGCUCCCUUCCUUCUCCAGCGACGUUUUCCCUCAGAUAACAGCUGCUCUCUUCUCACUAUGACUCGAAGGUGAUCUUCAGAGUGUCCAGGUGGUUCUGGGGUUCCAGGUUGGUGUUGUGAGAGAGCAAGCUACCUGUGGGGAGGUGGACUGCCUGGGGCAUUGUGUUCCCGGCUCUCAAGUGACUUAGGAAGGGGCUUGACAAACUGUUCUGCAACAUGGAGAAAGGAGACGUGAAAGUCCUCAACAAGGGGGAAGAGGAGGAGAUGGAGCUGCAAGGCUACCGCCUGUGUCAUUGGCGGCUGGCGCUUGUGGGCUUCGGAGUGCUCUGUACAGGGGGCUUCCUCCUCCUGCUGCUCUACUGGAUGCCAGAAUGGUGCGUCAAGUCCACCUGCACCCGUACCACAGCCCGUGAUGCCGAAGUGGUGCUGCUGCGCUCCACGGAUGAGUUCCGGCGCUGGUUCCUGGCCAGGGUGCGAGUGAUGCUUGCUCCGGGGAGCAACCCCUUCCACAGCCUGGACACCCAGACCACCUCCCCCUCCGCCUCCCCCUCAUGCCCCUUCUCCACCUCCCCCUCUCUGGCCAACGGACACACUCCCCAGCCCACCGAUGGCAGCCCUGCUCAGGACCUCAUAGGAAGAUUUUCCGACUACCAGCCCACAAAGAUUCGCUAUUUUACCUUCCAUAGCACAAAGUAUUAUUGGAACGACGGGAUUCAGAACUUUGAGGUUUUAACCGGCCUGGAAGAUUUGCAGAUAAGCUGCUCCACCCUCCAUGCGGAGCACGGUGCAGGCCUGACCAGGAACCAGCAGGAGUACAGGAAACUGUUCUUCGGAGUGAAUGAAAUUUCAGUGAAAGUGCCUUCUGUUUUCAAGCUGCUUAUCAAAGAGGUCCUCAAUCCUUUUUACAUCUUCCAGCUCUUCAGUGUGAUCCUGUGGAGUGCCGAUGAGUAUUAUUACUAUGCUGUGGCCAUUGUUUUCAUGUCGGUCAUAUCCAUAGCUACCUCUCUGUACACCAUCAAAAAGGAGUUCCUAGGAAUUAAGAAGUUCCCUUCACUGUUUUUGUACCUCCAGCAAUACAUCAUGCUUCACGACAUGGUGGCAGCUCACAGUAUUGUCCGUGUGUCUGUGUGCCGAGCCAACAAUGUUAUUGAGGAGAUACUGUCAACUGAUCUGGUGCCUGGGGACAUGAUGGUCAUCCCCAGCAAUGGGACCAUCAUGCCAUGCGAUGCUGUUCUGGUCAGCGGCACCUGCAUCGUCAACGAAAGCAUGCUCACAGGAGAGAGUGUUCCUGUGACAAAGACAAACCUCCCAAACCCAGUGCCAGGGGAGCGGGAGGAGGACGAUGGUGCCUACAACACAGAGGAGCACAAGAGACACACACUCUUCUGUGGCACCCAUGUCAUCCAAACCCGCUUCUACACAGGGGAACUGGUCAAGGCUGUGGUGGUCAGAACAGGUUUCAGCACAGCCAAAGGCCAGCUGGUGCGCUCCAUCCUUUAUCCCAAACCCACCGACUUUAAGCUGUAUCGUGAUGCCUACCUCUUCCUGCUCUGUCUGGUGGCUGUGGCCGGGAUCGGCUUUAUAUACUCAAUUGUCCUCAGCAUCAUGAAGGAGGUGCCAGCAAAGACCAUCAUCAUCGAGUCCCUGGACAUUAUCACCAUCACUGUGCCACCUGCGCUGCCGGCAGCCAUGACAGCUGGAAUAGUGUACGCCCAGCGCCGUCUCAAACGCAUUGGCAUCUUCUGCAUCAGCCCGCAGAGGAUUAAUAUUUGUGGGCAGAUCAAUCUGGUCUGCUUUGACAAAACUGGGACUCUGACAGAAGAUGGAUUAGACCUUUCAGGAGUUCAGAGAGUUGAGAAUGGCUGUUUUCAUCUGUCAGAGGAAAAUGCCUACAAGGAGAAUCUGGUCAAGUCCCAGUUUGUUGCUUGCAUGGCCACCUGCCACUCCCUCACCAAAAUAGACGGCCAGCUGUCGGGAGACCCGCUGGAUCUCAAAAUGUUUGAGGCUACAGGCUGGAUCCUGGAGGAGGCCACUGAGGAGGAAACAGCACUCCAUAAUCGUAUCAUGCCCACUGUCGUUCGACCUCCAAAGCAGCUGUUGCCACCAGAGCCCCCUCAAUCAUUAGAGCAGGACAUGGAACUCUACGAGCUUUCGACAGCAUAUGAGAUAGGUAUCGUGCGGCAGUUUCCUUUUUCCUCGGGACUUCAGAGAAUGAGCGUGGUGGCACGUCUCCUGGGAGAGAAGCGAAUGGACGCCUACAUGAAGGGAGCACCGGAGGUGGUGGCUAGUCUCUGCAAGAAGGAGACAGUGCCGGCAAACUUUGCGGAGGUGUUGGAGGAUUACACCAAGCAGGGCUUCAGAGUGAUUGCCCUAGCUCAUCGACGACUGGAAUCCAAACUCACCUGGCACAAAGUCCAGAACGUCAACAGGGAUCAAAUAGAGACAAACAUGGAGUUUCUGGGUCUGAUCAUAAUGCAGAACAAGCUUAAGGCAGAAACACCGGGAGUGCUGCAGGACCUCCGACAGGCCAACAUCCGCACCGUCAUGGUUACAGGUGACAACAUGCUGACAGCAAUCUCAGUGGCUCGGGACUGUGGAAUGAUCCCUCCUGAGGAUACAGUCAUCAUCGCUGAUGCCCUUCCUCCCCAUGAUGGACAUGCUGCUAAGAUCACCUGGAGAUACGCGGACAAACCCAGCAAAACAACUCGACUCGAGCAGGAAAUAAACAUAAGCCUUGAGGAUGUGUGUCACAUAGACGAGCCCAAAACCCAAGAGUUGUACCACUUCGCCAUGAACGGAAAAUCAUUUGCUGUAAUCGCCGAGCAUUUCCCCGAUAUGCUCCAGAAGCUCGUGCUGCACGGGACAGUGUUUGCCAGAAUGGCGCCGGACCAGAAAACCCAGCUGAUUGAGGCACUACAGGGAGUGGAUCGAGAUGGCAGUAUUUUUAAGCUAUUUUUAAUGUGCUCCCUCUCCCAGGCUCUGAAGAGGGCACACGGUGGGAUCUCUCUGUCGGAGCUGGAAGCCUCAGUAGCCUCUCCCUUCACCUCACGGACCCCCAACAUCUCAUGUGUCCCUAGCCUCAUAAGGGAGGGACGUGCUGCUCUUAUCACCUCCUUCUGUGUGUUCAAGUUUAUGGCUCUCUACAGCAUCAUCCAAUACAUAAGUGUCACUCUCCUCUACUCCAUUCUAAGUAACCUCGGAGACUUCCAGUUCCUCUUCAUUGACAUUGCUAUCAUUCUCCUUAUCGUUUUCACUAUGAGUCUGAACCCAGCAUGGAACGAGCUGGUGUCCCGUCGUCCCCCUUCUGGACUGAUCUCAGGGCCUCUGCUUUUCUCCGUGCUGACACAAAUCCUCAUCUGCCUGGGCUUCCAGACCUUUACAUUCCUUUGGGUUCAACAGCAGCCCUGGCACUCCAACUGGACACCUCUCACAGAUGUCUGCAACCUCACCUCGCAUCUGAAUCUGUCUGACCUCAACGGGACCGAAGUGGACGACCACAACAUCCAAAACUUUGAGAAUACCAGCCUCUUCUAUGUCUCCUCCUUCCAGUAUCUCAUUGUUGCCAUCGUUUUCUCAAAGGGCAAACCUUUCAGACAGCCUAGCUACAAGAAUUGGCCUUUCAUGCUGUCCACUGUAAGCCUGUAUAUUUUCCUGCUCUUCAUCAUGUUUCAUCCUGUUGAAAGCAUUGAUGAGUUUUUAGAGAUUGUAUGUGUCCCCUUUGAAUGGAGGGUAAAACUUUUCCUGAUCAUCCUCGUCAAUGCGGCUGUGUCUGUUGUGGUGGAGACCUUCAUCCUUGACAUCGUCUUAUGGAAGCUUGUGUUCAGCAGAGACAAACAGGGCAACUUUGACGUCACCCCUGCUGGCCCCUCACCACAGGGAGGGAUCGACCUGCAAGCGUACAAGUGUGUGUCCCGGCUCUGCUGCCCUGGCAAGAUGACCCCCAAAGCCCGCUAUAUGCAUUUGGCCCAGGAGCUCAGCGUGGACCCCGACUGGCCCCCAAAGCCAACUACCACCACAGAGGCCAAGCCCCGCCCCGAAAAUGGCUCUGCCAAUCGAAUCAUUGUCAACUCCUAGCACCCCCCCACUCCAUAAGCAUUGUCAAUUUUUUAGCUUUCAUUCAGGAGUUGUGACGGGAGGUUCGUCAAGUUGAAGAUAUUCGACGCGGUUUAAUGAAAUGUUUGUACAUCCAAAAACUGGUAAAGGUUUAAGGUGACCACACAGAGACCAAAUGAACGGGCCCACCCCUCACCAAAGCUCUUAGGUCUCAUUUGCUUGUGGUUACAUUUAAUUUCAGUGGACAAAGUUAAAAAAUGUUGCAUUGAAUCAGUCCAAAUCGGUUAAAAAAUCUAUUCAUUUUUAUCUUAAGAGUUAAAUGCUCCGUUAGAAAUGACAAAGAAGGCCUUGAAUGUGAGAUUUAAUUAUUUUUCUAUGAUUGUCACAAAAGUCAUUUGAUGUUUUUACCAUAUCUUUCAAAAUCCAGUUAGUCUUUAAGAGAGCACUGAAACACAACAACAGCUUUUGAAAGACAACAUUCUAACCAGGAAAAAAAAGUUUUGUAUUUUUGCCCCCAUGUGAUGAAAGAUGGGCGUAAAGACCGAAUGAUUCUGAAAGUAAUACUGAGGGGGGAAAGGUUGCACUUUAUAGCAGAGGGAUACUGUUGAUAAUGGAAUAAUGAUUAUACAGCUCAAACUGCAGUAAUAUUGUCAACUCUGUGUUUCUGAGUGACGCCUCCAUCUCUUUGCUGGUGUGAGGAACCCAGGUUGUGCUUGCUACUGUGUAGUGAUCCCUCACAAAAAAUAGGCAUCGUCAUAUUAAUGGCUGGCCUUAGCCACCUGGUCAGUCCUCAGAGAAGACAGAGCUGAACAAAAUGCAGUUUUGAAGACGAUCAUGAGGGUUAAUGGUAGAAGAAAACACUUCUGAGACCAGCAUUCAAUUGGUUGUUGGAGAUUUAGAGAUUUAUCAUGGUUGUUGUCAGUGUCUUAUUGAGUUGUGUUACCAAGGGAGAAUUGUUUAUUCCCACUUGGAGAUGAACACCAAAAUAAGCAUAUCUUAUUGUCUGUGUAAGGCAUGGUAACUAAAAAUCAGCGGGUUAGAAAUGGCACCAUUUUUCUGUGGGAAUUUUUUUUUUUUUUCUUGUUUUUUCGUUAGAGCUGCUGAAGCCUGUUGAAAAUCUCAACCUAAAUCUAAAAGAUCUUAACCACCUCAUGGAAUUGAAUAGUUGUCUUUAAUUUAAAUCCACAAGCAUGCGGAACUUUCUUCUUUGUUAUAAGUUUGGGGAAUGUAGGUUGUAAAAAUGGCAUGACUUUAUCACCAAAUGCUUGAUUACAUCGCUAAUUAUCACAGAUUAACAACAAAACAACUGAGCUCUGAAACACAAUAUUUACAUAUACAUAGACUUAAGGUUAUUAUUUUUAAUUUGGAGGUAGAUGAAUUUACUGUGCACUUUGAUCACUUAAGUUUUUUUAGUUUUUUUUAAUUUUUUUUCCUUGGGAGAGGAUUAAUAAAAUGUAAGAAGAAAAUGAACAGACUUAUUUUCGAUAGGCUUUUUCAUUACUUCGGAGUUGUUGGUCAUUUAGGGGAGACUGCAGAAUAGAUUGUGUAUCUCAGUAAAUUAUCGGACAAACAUGUUUUCAACAGGAUGAAUUCUGAUUCCGUAAACUAUACACCUAAAUAUAAUGUUGUCACACUGGAUACCUCUAAAACGUAUGCCUGAAUCCUCACUGUCAGUAGUGGCAUUAAUAAUCAUGUAACAUGUUUUACUUCCGCUGUAAGUUUGUGGGUAGCUUUUUCUCACCGCCUUCUUUUGAAAAAUUGCGUCUUGACAAAACUUUCAAUUUAUCACAAAAUAUCGUCAAGACAUCCAAUCACCGUUAAUUAAUUGCAUUGAUGUUUGCAUCCGUGAGCCAUCUUCUGUCAGCAGAAAACGCACAAAGACCUGCAUGAAGCCACCAGCCGAUCUUAAAGUUCUUAAAAACGCUGAUGACUGUAAUAUUAGAAACAUUCUCACAAGUUAACAUGUUAACUGGCUACUGAUAGUGGACAGUUAGAACCACAUGCAUGAAACUAUAUUAAUCAUAGCAUCAUAGAUUUUGAAACUCCUCAGUUGGGAUCCAGAAAGUCCUUGGUUUUUUAAUUUCCUUUUUUUUUUUAAAGAAGGAUUUCUUCCCGUGGAAGACUUGAUGGAAGUGUAACGCUGUAGUAAGUUAGGACAUGGCAUUCAGCAUCCCUUCAAAAUAUUUAGAAAAGAUGGAAACUGAAAGUAAAGUAUUUAUGUUUUAUCCAUAUCCUAUCUGUAUAGAGCUAAGGGCUUUAUUUAAGUAGUGCUGCUCCCUGGCUAAAUAAGAGACACUGUCUGUUCUAUCUUUUCUGGAACACUUACCCUUAAGAGACUGACUGAACUCGUAGAACAGCUGGAGGAGUUGUAGUUUGUUCCACAAAGAAAGAAUAAACCCGUUGGUGGAUUUGUUCAGAAAGCUUCUGCUUUCAGAUGUGCAUUUAGCACAUUAGAGACACGGUUUCAUUUGUACUGUCAGCCUCUGAAAUUAAGAAAAGGCCAUCUUCUAAAACUGCUUUCAGAGCCGUCGAAUUCAGGCGUUAUUGGAUGUUAGAAUGGACAUUUGACCCGUCCCUUUAGAGGAAAACGCAACUAUUAACGUUUAAGAUCCAGUUGAGUUGUAACAUUUCCACAGAAGCCUGCCUCUCCGGAGUUUUUAUCGUUUUUAGGUUCUCUGCUCAGGUUUUGGUCAUACUGUGGCACAAAAAAAACGCUGACCAAUGUGUGAUACUCCACUUUCUCUCAGAAAAUUGGGCAAAUCAUUUCAUACUCCAUACACUAUCAUAUGUGUUUGUCUAGUCCAUUUGGGGGGAAAAAGUCAUAAUCAUUGCAGAUUUUUUAUAUCAGAGUUUAAGAUUACCUGUUUGUAAAAACCAAAUCAUUGUCUCCCUAAUUUGAUAUUGACCAGUUUUCAUUUCUACAUUGUUUAUUCAUAUUUUGUUUUGUCGGUUAUGGAUCUGGAGUGGAAAUGCUGGUGUGAUGCAUAUUUAAUAUGUAAAGUUGAAUAAUCUAGUGAAAAUCACUGCGUGAUGUGAAGAUUUAUAGCAGUUUGAUUGAUACACUGUUGCUGGUGCGCCCAAACGGCCCACGCGUUUUAGUCGUUGGUUCUUUUCUCUCUUUUUUUUCUUAGAUACCUAGGCUAAGAUUGAAUGUUAUUCAGAAGAAAUUUAAUGCAAUGCAAUACAAUGACUAUUGAUUUAUUUCCCAAAGAGAUGUAAUUAUAGUUAGACCUAUUUAAAACAUUUUCAAAAAUGUUAAAAAAAAGAGGAAAAAAAUUAAACGGGCAAAAUGUUAGAUUUGUUUUUUGUUUGUUUGUUUUU